GAACUGAGAGCGACGCACGCGCAGAUAUUUUUACCAUGAAGAUCGUAUUACUAGUGAUUGUGCUGGUCGGAGUUGUCAUUGGAAAUCAAGAGGAUUUAAGGAUCAUCGACUCGAUUGUACAAGAGCAGCCAUGCAUCGAAAUGGGCGGUAUUUGCACGGUCUCCGAAGACUGCCCUAAGGGACAUCUCGCCGAGAAGCAAGGGCUGUGCCCGACACAGAGAAAGCAGGGCAUUGACUGUUGCCACGGAGUGUCCAUGAAAGAGACACGCUGCGCGAAGCAUGGGGGCAGCUGUAUGACCCAUGAAACAUAUUGUAACCCAAGGCUCAUCUUCGACGAUGCCAAGGACUGCCCUCAAGGCCACCACUGCUGCAUUAUGGUUCUUUAGAGUUGUAUCGGAAAAUACAAAAUAAAUAACUUCUAUAUCUUAA